GGGGGGGAGAGGAGAGGCCGAGGGCUGCAGGGGCCGCUCCCCCUUUCGUGGGGGGCUGUGGGGGGUGUUGUGGUUGGGCAGAAACUCGAAGGCAGGGAGAUCUUGUGCAGUGUGAUUGUCAUCAUGAGCAUCAACCAAUGUAUUAGUGCCACUGGAAAUAAUAAAUUUGAUAUGGUGAUGAAUGGUUGGCUGCGCUCCCUGCGUGCUGCUGGGGCUGCCGGCUGUACGUCGCGGCUCCCACCGGGCCCUUGCGCGAUCCCCGGCCUCCAGCAGUGGGGUGGAGGGCUGAGAGCUGCGGGACUGACAGCAGCGGGAGGGGAGCCGCGGUGCGGUGCGGUGCGGUGCGGGACCGCCGGGAGGCGCCGCCGGGAUUCGAACCCGGGGCCCGAAGCUCCGGGGCGAGGCAGGGCGGGGCCAUCCCCGCGCGGCCUCAUCACCGCAUUCCAGCAUGACGUCAUCGGCGGGGAGCCAAUGAUAGCGCGCGAGGGGCGGGACGUCGGUGGCCCCGCAGCCAAUAGCGGCGGCGGGGGGGCGGAGCCCCGGCAGUGGUGGAAUGCGGCGGCGGCGGCGGCGGUGCGGGUGGGGGCGGCCCAGGUGCUGAGCCGAGCGGCGGGGAACCGCGGGGCCGCGGCCAUGUCCACCUUCCGGCAGGAGAGCGUGGAGGACUUCUACGAGAUGGGGGAAGAGCUGGGCAGCGGCCAAUUCGCCAUCGUGAGAAAAUGCCGGGAGAGGAAAACGGGCGUGGAAUACGCGGCCAAAUUCAUCAAGAAGCGGCGGCUGUCGUCGAGCCGUCGGGGUGUGAGCAGGGAGGAGAUCGAGAGGGAGGUGGACAUCCUGAGGGAGAUCCAACACCCCAACAUCAUCACACUGCACGACAUCUUCGAGAACAAGACGGACGUGGUGCUGAUCCUGGAGCUGGUGUCGGGCGGGGAGCUCUUCGACUUCCUGGCCGAGAAGGAAUCGCUGACGGAGGAGGAGGCCACGCAGUUCCUCAAGCAGAUCCUGGACGGGGUGCAUUACCUGCAUUCCAAGCGCAUCGCACACUUUGACUUGAAGCCAGAGAACAUCAUGCUGCUGGAUAAGAACGUGCCCAACCCUCGCAUCAAACUCAUCGACUUCGGGAUCGCCCACAAGAUUGAAGCUGGGAAUGAGUUCAAGAACAUAUUCGGGACCCCGGAGUUCGUGGCACCAGAAAUCGUGAACUACGAGCCGUUGGGGCUGGAGGCCGACAUGUGGAGCAUUGGGGUCAUCACUUACAUCCUGCUGAGUGGGGCGUCCCCCUUCCUGGGGGAAACGAAGCAGGAGACCCUCACCAACAUCUCCGCCGUCAACUACGACUUCGAUGAGGAGUACUUCAGCAGCACCAGCGAGUUGGCCAAGGACUUCAUCCGCCGGCUGCUGGUCAAGGACCCCAAGAAGAGGAUGACCAUAGCUCAGAGCCUGGAGCACCCCUGGAUCAAGGUGAUCAAGAGGAGGAACGUCCGCAACGAGGACAGUGGGAAGAAGGCGGAGCAGCGGCGGCGGCUGAAGACGACGCGGCUGAAGGAAUACACCAUCAAGUCCCACUCCAGCAUGCCGCCCAACAACACCUACGUCAACUUCGAGCGCUUCUCCAAAGUGAUGGAGGAGGUGGCGGCGGCGGAGGAGACCCUCCGCGAGAUACAGAGGAACAAGAGAUCCUUCCGGGAGGACAUCGAGGCCCUGCUGUCCAUCUACGAGGAGAAGGAGUCGUGGUACAAAGAGGAGAAUGAGAGCAUCGGCCGCGACCUGCGGCAGAUCCGGCAGGAGCUGCUCCGAGCUGAGUCCGCCCGGCAGCGGGCGCAGGAGGAGAGCAGGAAUGUGAUGCAGGCGGCCGGGGGGCUGCGCCGGCGCUACCGGAGGUUGGAGAAGCGCUACGGUGCCCUGGCCGAGCAGGUGGCGUCCGAGGUGAGGUUCGUGCAGGAGCUGCUCUGGUCCAUCGAGAGGGAGAAGCUGCAGAGCGGCGGAGAGGAUGGAAGCAUCCGCUGAGGUGGUGGGGGUGUGGGGUGGGAGCAGUGGGGGCGGGGAACGUGGGGCUGUGGGGAGGGACGGUGGGGCUGUGGUUGGCGGUGGGGUUGGGGAAUGUGGGGUUUGGGGUUGGGAGUUGCCCCGGGAUUGUGGAACCGGUGGGGCUAUGGGGCAGGACAGCGGCCCUAUGGGUUGCAGCGGGGUUGUGGAAAUGGCGGGGCUAUGGGGCAGGACAGCAGCCCUAUAGGUAGCAGUGGGGUUGUGGAAGCGGUGGGGCUAUGGGGCAGGACAGCGGCCCUAUGGGUGGCAGUGGGGUUGUGGAACCGGUGGGGCUAUGGGGCAGGACAGCAGCCCUAUGGGUGGCAGUGGGGUUGUGGAAGCGGUGGGGCUAUGGGGCAGGACAGCGGCCCUAUGGGUAGCAGUGGGGUUGUGGAAGCGGUGGGGCUAUGGGGCAGGACAGCGGCCCUAUGGGUAGCAGUGGGGAUGGUCAACACAUGGGGAUGUGGGGUGGCAGUGGCCCCAUGGUUAGCAGUGGGAAUGGGGAACAUGUGGGACUAUGGGGCAGGACAGCAGCCCCAUGGCUAGACAGUGGGCUCAAGGAGCCACACUGUGGGGCGGGAUGGGGGUCCUAUGGCUAGUUAGGGGGUUGGGGAGACACGUGGGGCUGUGGGGUGGGAGCAGUGGCCCUAUGGGUAGCAGUUGGGCUGGGGAAUGUGUGGGGCUGUGGGGUGGGACAGCAGCCUCGUGGCCUGGCAGUGGGGUCAGGGAACAUGUGGGGCUGUGGGGUGGGAUUGGCAACCCUAUCGCUAGGCAUUGGGGUCAGGGGUGCACACUGUGGGGUGGGAGGAGCCCCAUGGCUUGGCAGCGGGGUCAGGGACCAAGUGGGGUGAGACGGCAGCCCUAUAGGGCUUUGCGCGCCCUCUGUGUCGGUGUGGGGCCGGAGCUCAGCGUGCCGCUGUCCCCCGUAGAGCCCCCAGUUGUCCCCAAUGCCUGUGGGGUGCUCCCCUGAUCUGCACUCCCCUUUCCUCGGGCUCUGGGGGUCCCGUUGCCGUCUGUGGGGCUCCACUCCCCUCAGUGGGGCGGACAUCUCCUCUCCCUCAGGGUCGCACCCCUAUGGAGUGGGAAUGGGACCAAAGCGCUGUCCCUACGUGGCCCCAAACCCCAAUCUGACCCCAGAGCGGCCGUGCUUUGGGGGGAGGUUUGGAAGUGCCCCCCGAGGCUGCCCCACAUUCCCCAUCUGCCCCACAGUGCUUCCUCCCACUGUGUGCAGCUUUGAGUCCCUUUUCAUAAAAUAAAGCUUUCUGUCCUCAUAA